CAGCUUUUUCCUUGUUUGAGGAGAUGGCAGUACUGGUGCAUGUCUUGGAUGGACUGGACUACACUCUCUGAGCUGUGCCUCAUCUCCCCGAUGGUGUCUGCAGCGUCGAUCAGGUCCCGGUAGCGCUCCCCCACCAUCUGCCUGAGUUCCUCUUUCUUCUGCUCGAUCUGCCCUCGGAUUUUACAUUCUAUGCUUCGGAUUUCUUCCGUGCUGUAGCGUUCAAACAGAACCACCGGGUCCUUUAUCUCCGCUACACGGAGAGACGACGCUGGGUCUACAGUCAUCGCCCUAGCAAAACAACUUCAGCUGCCACGGAACACCUAACCCGGAAGUGGGAAAGAUGUAUUUCCGAUUUAUACCUGUUUCCCAGCUUCAUUCGAGUCCAUUAAUUGCAAAGCAAAGUCAUGGCGCCAAGAAACAUCAGGGAGGACUUUGAGGGUCAUUUCAAUGAUGUGAUUUCCAGACUGCAGUCCAAGCAGUUCUUCCAGUCUUACUGGGACAUCGGCUUCUGUGUUGUCUUCUUCAUCUUCCUUGGUGUGAUUGUUGUGAUGGUCACCCUGAUCCUCAUCCGCUGCUGCUGCUGCUGCUGCUGCGAUGAGAAGCCUCGACGUCAUAAAGUCGGCAUCGAGAACAUGACUCUGGAACCUUGACCGUCUGGUCAUCAACUCUGUGCCAAAGCUUUGAAAAUGACUGAAAGUUCACUGCUUUCCAACCAAGUGUACUUUCAGCAGCAGCCAGCAAAUGAUUGAAUCAGGUGUUUAUUUGUUUACCUGAUGUAGUUGUCACAUUGCUUUGAUUGCACUUCAUUUCAAUGUUUUUAACACUUGAAUGUCAUUUCAUUGAGGAUGAUUUACUGUAAAUAGCAUGGCAUGUACCACCUGGCUCGUGAGCAUAACAGAAGUCACACCGUGUUGGUAAUUCGACUCCCCGAUACCUUAAGAGUCACACUGGAUUUGAGUUGGCAGCUCCCGAUGCACAGCACGACUCUCAUUUGGUGGCGAGCCGUUGGAGCCCCAACGUGCGCAAGGACGGACCAGACGGGCCACACAUGGAGGCCACAAUCCUUAUGUGAGACACGGACGCACGUCUUUUCCUUUUCUGUGUGUUUUAAAGAUAUAAAAACAGGUCAAUAGAGUUGGCUGCUGUGUGUGUGUUUUUGACGCUAGUGUAGCGUUCCUUUCUACAGUAUGUUGCUAUGUGACAUCAAUGCACCCAGGAAGGAAGUAUUCCAUGCUAUCAUAAAUGUAGCUGUUACUACACGCUCACAGCAUGGAUACAAAACCACUACACCUUGUUGGAGGUGUUUUCAUAGGUGUGUCCCAUUAUGUGCAUUCAUUGCCUGCUUCUUUUUCAAGAUUGAAGAGUUUUAUUGUCAUGUGCACAGUAAAACUGGUGGUUCUGCUAUGCAAUGAAAUUGUUGUUCUGUUCAUUCUUCCAGAAAAAGAAUAAGAACAUAAGAAACAUAAAUACCAAUAAAUUAAGCAACAACAACAGAAGAGACAUUAAUACAAAUAAAUAAUAAAGUGCUAUGAGUGUGUGCGUGUGUUGCGUGCGGCGUGUGCGAGUGCUUCGUUGAGAAGCCUGAUGGCCUGUGGGUAAAAGCUGUUUGCCAGCCUUGUGGUCCUGGACUUCAAACUCCUGUAGCGUCUGCCUGACGGUAGGAGUGUGAAUAAUGAGUGUUGUGGAUGUGUGCUGUCCUUGAUGAGGUUGUGUGUUCUGCGUAGGACGUGUUUUUAUAUCUUUAGAAUACACACAAAAGAGAAAGACGUGCGUUCAUUUCCCACAUAACGAUUGUGGAUGAUGGGCAACAUUCCAACACUUUUCCUUUAAGAAAGCGUAAGAUGUAAAGCCAGUCAGAAUUGCGUUAGCGACUUUGUUUCUAGAUUUCCACAUUUAUUGACCACAAGAGGGUGCUACUCACGAACCACGCCGAGUCACGUUCAUGUGAGCCAUCUGUUAUUCGCUCUUCAAUUGUGCUCAUUUGAAAAAAGGUCUCAGUAGCCAACGUAUGCUGGGAGAACUUUGAGAGGCGCUGGUGGAUAUACAAUAUUAAAGUUGUUCUAUUUUGAUGAACUUAAGGACAAUUUUAAAUGAACAAACCAAGAAUCAAGUCAAUUUGCAGUUCUAAACGUAAUGAAGGUGUUUUUACUCAGUUUUUUGUGUCUCCUACAAGGUUAUGCUUUUUUCCCGACAGCAUUUGACAUAAGCAAUGACAUAUUAGACAAUGACGUCAUCUAGUGACUUCUAGGACAGCCAAUAGCUACUUUUCUUACUGAAAAUUUAGCGACAGUGACUGCUAGCAUAUGCCGCCUCUUCCUGCUCUGCGUACGUAACACACGUAACAUUUGUUGUCAGCUAAUGAGAGCGAAUACCAAACAUCGGUGAGUCACAUCCACUUUUUAUUUUGUAGUUGAAUUGUGAAAAAAAGACUUUUAUUGUACAGUCUGCUAACAUAUGCUAUGCGGUCCCUUACAUGAUGCACCCUAGCUUUUUAAAGCCAUCAUAAACAACAGCAAAGUCAAAAAAAGGAAGACAAUUACUUGAUAACGUUUUUAUUGCACAGUAUCAGAUAAAUAAUUUCAUUUUAAUGACAGCUUUCAAAGUGGAUCAACACGUACUGGACUGAGUUUGUUCAUAAUAAGCCUUUUUCUCAGCAGCGCAGCCUGAAAUCCAACACUACACUACAGUACACUACAGUACACUACACUACAGUAGUGGCAAGUACUUGCGUGUACUACUUGGAAUAGAUGGGAUUUCCCAUUGACUGUGUUUGAUCUAUGACGCAUGUCAUGCUGUGAAAUGAGACAAUGACCCCUUGAAUGCAUCACAGGGAAUAAACAACAUAUGUGCAAAACGUCAAAUAAAUAUUUGAUAGCUUAUUUCAACAGCAGGAAUGCAAUGAAUGACACAAACGAGGCAGUGAAUAAGACGUAGGCAAACAUGCUUCAUGCUGGCAGACCCACAUGACUUCCUAAGUAAGACAAAAUGCAUGUUAACAGCGCAGCUAAGCCUUCAUUGCUGCGUUCAAUUCUUUUCUACUACAUGAUGCAGCAGCUGUCUGCUAACUGCUGAAUUUCUCUUGGAGAUCAAUAAAUAUCUAUCUAAAAGCACUAC